AUGAUUGCAGGGGCCACUUCAUGUUUCCAGAGUAGCCCACAAGGGUUACAAAUCUAUGGGAUGACUGAUAAUGUAUCAGCUUCUAUGGAGGCCGGCGCCGGCGGCGGGGAGACACAUUCGGGGGCUUUUCUAUACAGUCUCUCAAUCCUUAAGGACAAGGUUCAUCAGGUGCAAUCACUUGCUGGUGUCCUUAUGUCUUCUGAUCACAAUCAACCUGAAUCAUCAGCUAUUGCAAUAGCUAGUAUGGGCACUCUCAGUCAAGAAAUCAUGGUUACUGCUUCUUCCAUGAUGUUCAAUUGCCAACAACUCGCCGGCGCCGUUGGUGGUGGUGGUUCUACUACAACAGUUAAUGAUCAAACCGGUCAUGAAAUUCAGCAAAGGUGUAUCAUCAAGGUUCAUCCUACUGGUGGAUUGCCUCAACAUAAUGGCACCCAUGAAGUUCAAUUGGGAGAAGAAGAAGAAGACGCCGGCAGAGGGUUCUUCCCACACGAACAACUUGAUUGGUACGCGGAUAACUAUGAUCAUAAUAAUAGUGGUAGUAGUAACAAUAGUCACAGCAACUACGCGAACAUGAUGAACAAAAACAAUAACAAGAGCAAUAGAAUCAAGAUCAGUGAGGGCUUAGUAGAGAGGGAAUUGCCAAAUGGGGUGGAAAACACUGAUGGAUCUCUUGGUUAUCCAUAUGAUGUCAUUGAAUUGGAUGCUGCGGAUUUAUUAGCUAAGUAUACACAUUAUUGUCAAGUCUGUGGUAAGGGAUUCAAGAGGGAUGCUAAUCUUAGGAUGCAUAUGAGAGCUCAUGGAGAUAAGUAUAAGUCUAGUGCAGCUUUAAGCAACCCUUUGAAGAAUAGUGGGGAAGGAGAGGGUGGUAAAGGCUUUUCUUCUUCUGUGAGAUUGCCUAGGAAAUAUUCAUGUCCACAAGAAGGUUGUAAAUGGAACAAAAACCAUGCCAAGUUUCAGCCAUUGAAAUCUAUGAUUUGUGCAAAGAAUCACUACAAGAGAAGCCAUUGCCCUAAGAUGUAUGUUUGUAACAGAUGCAAUCAGAAGCAGUUUUCUGUGUUAUCUGAUCUCAGGACUCAUGAGAAGCACUGUGGUGAACAGAAGUGGCAGUGUUCAUGUGGAACUACUUUCUCUAGGAAGGAUAAGCUCAUGGGUCAUGUUGCUUUGUUCACUGGGCACACUCCAGUUGCGAAUUCUUCCUUUGUGAAUUCGCAAAAGAUCGAUCAUCAUGCAAUGCAAAUUCAUUAG